AUGUCAUCGGGUAGCUCCUCGGCCACUUGUCAGACGAAGCCGGACACCAGUGUCAUCGAUUGUUCAGAAAACAGCAUAGAUUCAUUCGUCUGCACGGGAACUGGAUUCUACCCGGAUCCGAGCUCCUGUGGAGUUUAUCACUACUGUGAAGGAGAAGGUGCCAUCUCGGAUGACUACGAUUGCCCGGAAGGGUAUAAAUAUAGCAGUAAGGUCAAUGCCUGUCAAAGAUCGGCAGCGAAAUGUGUUAAUGUGAACUGUUCGAAUAACGGGACUAGUGUGUUCACGGUUUAUCCUGCGGAUAAGUCUUAUUACGCAUUCUGCCAGUAUGACUACGGAACAAUACCACCCACAUUCCAGAAGGCGUUUAUUUUGUCUUGCGGCAAAGGAUCCACCUUUAACCCAUCGACUGAGAAGUGUGAAUUCAAGUGUACUCGACAAGGAUUGUUUGCUAAUACUGCAAAUCCGCAGCGGUAUUUUCAGUGCUUCGUUCUCGGUGGUAGAUACGUAUAUAAGGAACAAGUGUGCAAAACUGAUAGGAUAUUCGAUGAUAAACUGAAACGCUGUGUUGAAGGUCCAUCCAUUUCUGUCACCUCAAUACCGCCUACCACUACCACAACUGUACAAUCGACAUCCACGGUGACAAAAACAUCGACAAACACGGUAACUGCAACCCUAACUGCAACUCUUACAACGACCGAAAUUGCGAUAGACACUGUAACGUCUACUAUAACUCCAACCCUAACUGAAAGUGCUUCUUCCACGGUGACUAUAACGAAUACCCCAACACAAACUCAAAGUGCAACUUCCACUGUGACAGUAACCGAAAUCGAAACGUCAACUGAAAGUGAAACAUCCACAGCGACUGAAACCCUAACGCGCACUGAAAGUGCAACAAUCACCUCGACCAUCACUGAAACUCCAACAACAACUUUAACUGAUGCUACCACUUCGACCAUCUAUGAAACUCCAACGACAACUAUAAUUGACACAUCCACUGUGACCAUAACCGGCACUUCCACUUCGACCGUACACGAAAUCUUCGAAACUACGACAACUACUACACCACGACCAUCGUUGAAACUCCAACAACAACGUUAA